GGGGCCUUUUCCUAGAGAACCCCAGUUGACGACCUGCUACCAAGAGUGAUGCUACAAGAAGAAAGCGUUAUCAUGGGGCUAGUCAUACUGGUUCUUCGGUCCUCUGCAAAAAAGGGUAGUGCCCACGGGAGAGUCCCCACGGCGCGCCGCACGUUUCUUGUGCUUAGAGGUAUUUUGCUCCCAGACAUAAUCUUUUCACAUUCAGAGCUGAUAGAGAGCCAUAUCACUUGAUUUUGCUGUCGCGGCGACACUAGACUUAUGCAUGGGACUGCUUGCAUGGAUGGCUCAAGCACGAGCAAUUUUUUGACCCCGAAGCAUAUGAUUAUGUUCAAUCUGCAGUUCUCAAGUGACUACAGUCAGGCGCAAUACUACGCGUUGAAAGACAGCACUGCUCGAAGUCCUCCCCUUGAACACAAUCACUGACAAGACAACCAAUAACAACUUGCAACAUUAAAUCAUUUGUGUGUCCUCUACAGCCGUAGAGUUGCUGUGUGUGGCAGGACAAUUGAUUCUGCAAGAAGUGACGACAGCUUGCUCGUGGUGCUAGAGAACAAUCAUAAUGGCGCCUCCGCGUGGGCCACUGCGGAGAUACUACACGCCCUACGAGGUGGCUAUGCACAACACGCCGGACGAUUGCUGGGUGUCUUUCCUAGGUGGCGUGUACAAUCUGACGGACCUUAUAAAGGCGAAUCAAGGGGCGCUUGCGGCACCUCUCAUUGCAGCGGCUGGGCAGGACCUCACACACUGGUUCGACCCCACCACAAAGGACCCCAAGCGGCAUAUCUGCCCAGCAACACACAUUGAGCGUUUCUACACGCCCAUGGGCCGCUUCAUUCACGUGCCGCCGCCCGAGCCCAUGUGCAACUGGGACACCAGCUUCGGGCUGCCCUGGUGGCGGGAUGCCAAAAAGUAUCAGAUCGGGCUGCUGUCGGCCCGCACACGUGUCAUCCGGGUGCGCAACGUGCUGACGGACCAGGAGGACCAGAUCGAGGUGCCGUGCGAGGAGAAGCUGGUGGAGAUCCGGGAGCGCUACCUGGAGCUGAACGCGCACGCCAAGAGCUACACUUGGAAGGCGCUCGUCAGGGACCCCAACGGCGACACGCACGUAUUCCAGGAGCUGGACCUGAACCUGACGCUGGAGGAGAAUGGCGUGCCGGACGAGACGCCCGUGUUUGAGGACCACCACGUGCCCACGGACUACUUCAUCCCCGUGCUGCACGUGUACUGGAACGACGACCUCACCGUGGCCUAGCGGGGAUAGUGUUGCCACUGGUGAGUGGCUACUGUGGUGGUGAUGUGUGGCCGCGGCGCCAGUGGCUGCUGUGAUGGCGGCGGCGGGUCUGCGGCAACGUGGGCGGCGACUUUACAGCUGUGGAUCACCUGCAGCUGCAGCAUGCAGGGUUCUGAACCGGUCUGCGAUGGAUCCAGGCGGUCUAUGGUAAAUGUGGUGUUGAUGUGGUGGGAUGCUUGAUGCCUGGAAGCUGCUGGAAGUGAUCAGUGGGGCCCGCCUCGAGCCAGGUGCUCAUGUACGUACCGUACCGUACAGACAUGUAGGAUUAGUGGAUACCAAUGGCCCUCGGGCUCAACUGCACAUUCUAGCAGUGAUGCUCUGAGGUGGUGCGACUGGAUGAAGCCGAUUUUAUUGUAGCUUGUUUAGGAGAGUGCCCUGAAUCUACUACGGGUCUACAGCUCGGUUCCUGUGCAGAGCUGUGCGGAGAACGCAGGGGGGCGGGGCGGAGGGAGGGAAAACCGGAAAAGGGAGGGCUGAACCGAGAGGCCAAGGGCCGCGGGCGCAGGUGAGGGCCGCUUUUCCUCACCCCCUUACAUACUGGCACAAACCGCGACUGCCACGUACAAGACACAUGGCGGGCGGCGCGUGUACAAAACGAUCCUGGCUAUGUCCGGGAGAUGACGUAGGCGCUUGCGGCCUCUGACAGGAGACGUGGCGUGGGCUCAGCCCAGUACGGUAUUCCCAUGCGAGGGGAACCUCACGUCUUGUCACAGGACACAGGGCAGGCAUCAGAGGCAUGCAAAGAACGUGCGCAUCAUGUUGCAACCAGAGACGCACGACGUGUAUGGCACAGGCACCA